UAGAGGAUGAAGAGUUUUGAAAAGCGAUUUGAAUCUCAUUCAGAAUGAUUUCCAAAAUAAAGAACUACUCCGUAUGAGUGGGGUUUUGUUGGAAGAAGGCAGUGGGGUUUUGGGGGGCUUUUGUGGAUAUGUAUCCGAUUAAGCGCCUCUUCUUCAAUUGUUUCUCAUCAGGAAUCUUGCAUAUAUUUUGUUCAUUGGAUUGAAGAACCCCCCAAAAGUUUAGUUUUUGUUUCGGCGUGUAGCAAUUAAAAUUAUCAGCGUCUUUUUCGAAAUGGCGCUUAAGGUCACUUCAAGAGACAUCCAGGAGAUCGUCUCCAAGCUGUCAUCUGAUAAAGCCAAGUCUCGAGAAGAAGGGGUGAAGUUGCUGAAUACAUGGCUGGAUGGUGAGAGGAAAGCGGCAUUCUGUACGUACAUUGCAGAGAAGACUGCAAUGCUUAAACCCUAUGACAUUCCUCACUCUGAAACAUGGCCUUUCCUUGUGGAAUUGCUAAUGAAUUGUGUAUUGCUGGAGAUAUCUGGAAGCAAGAAACGGCCACCAAAGUUGACAUUCGCAAAAACUCUUCGAGUUGUUGUGCAAAGGGCCGAGGACUCUCAAUAUUCAGGCAAGACUCAGCUUCUUCUCCAUGUGGUAAAGUUUCUCUUUAAACAUGUCUGUGAUGUUCUAAGGGAUGUUCCUAGUUUCCAAUCUGAGUAUAGCACUAUUCUGCGGGAUCUAUUAGCAGUGAGGCCUUAUGGACUACACAUGAGGAAGCAUACUUAUUAUGGUCUUAUGCUUUUCUACAUGGAAAGAGUGCAAACAAGCCUUAGUGCAAAAAAUGAUGGUCAGUUGAAUCCUAAAGAUGAGAUUUUUCGCUGUAUUCUGACACUUCAUUCUCUUCUUGAGAACCCCCCUGGAGAUUUUUCUAAUGAUCUUCGCGAGCAGAUUUUAGUGGGGUUUGCUAAGUUUUUUACUCAAAUAAGGGAUGAGGGAAAAGUUACACGGAAGCUGAUAGAGUGCAUUAACACAUAUUUGCUAAUUGAUGGUCCAAAUUUGGGCCUUAAGUACCUAGAAAUCCAUAAAGAUGUGCAGCAGUUAGUGUUCAGCUUUUGGAAAACAACACAUGAUCGGAGCCUGAAGGACUCAAUUGUGUUCUAUGCGAAGCUGCAAUUAAAUUUGACUAGAGGUGCUGCAGAUGAGGGUGCUUUGUUAGAAGAACUAUUGGAUAUUACGUACAAGGAAUUGAACCAAAUGAGUAUAUCGGGCAACAAUUUCCCUUGGAGAGAGACUCUCAAGGAUGAGAAAUACCAAUCCAUGACAAGGUCUCAGUGUAGCAUCAUGGAACUUGCCGCCCUAGUCUUUUGUCGGUGUCACAGGACCAGUCUUAAAGGAAGCCAGGAAGUGCAUCCGAGGAGACAUCUACACUUGAAGAAGACGUGGAGAGCUUCUUAAGUGCUAGGACUAAGGCGGUGUAAACAGACGUUUUUACAAGCUUAGUGGAACAGUGGAUUAGAGGAACGAGUUGUUCUUUGAACCACUAUAAAAAUCCCUGGUGUCAUUUACUUACUGCA